AAAAAUAGAGAAGAAGAAAAAAAGGAUCCAGAAUUUAAAUCAAACUCAUAGAUGAUAAUAGCCGUCUAUUAGCGCAUGUAACUCCAACGCACUUGGCUACGGUCCGAUAGACUUAACCUCAUUAAGCCUCGGCUAGGGUUUUCGUCUCUCCCUCUCUCUCUGCUCUGUCUUUGCUGCAAAAGAAAAACCAGUUGCAGCUGCAGAGAGCUUGAACAAUGACGACUAUUUUGCCAACCUCGGAGGAAGAUCCUGCUCUCUCCGUUGUCCGAUUCACCUCAGAGCUCUCCUGGGCCGACGCUGGCCCUGAGGUUGCUGAGCCACAAGUCAGUAGAUUAUGCACGGAAGCCCAAGAAUGCAUGGUGAUGGCCAGGUGGUUCGAUUUGGUGUCACUUAUGCUAACUUCAGCUGAUGUCAUAUUAUCAAAGGUCUCUGAGAAAGAUCUUGAGUGCAUAUUCACUGUUAUCUGCAAUGUUGUUACAAAGUCUGAAAGUCCAGAUGAAGCUCUUGAGAUGGCAAAACUUAUAUCCGCAAAGAUUACUCAGCAACCAAGUGACAAGCCUGCUUUGCGCUUAAAGAUCUUGUUCAAUCUGUACAACCUACUGGAGAAUCCAUAUAGCCGGUUCUUUGUCUACUUGAGUGCUCUAAAUUUGGCAAUCAAUGGAAAGGUCACUGAACAUGUCAUCCCUUCAUUCAAAAAGAUAGAAAGUUUCUUGAAAGAGUGGAAUAUUGGGGUCUCGGACCAGAGGCAACUAUUUCUUACCAUCUCAAAUGUUUUAAGAGAACACAAAAGCUUGGCAAAGGAGUCUUUCAAAUUCCUGAGCAAGUACUUAGCUACUUUUUCUGGUGAAGAUGCAUAUAUAUUGAGUGAAGCCAAGGAGGAAGCUGUGCGCACAAUUGUGGAAUUUGUGAAGGCCCCUGACUUGUUUCAGUGUGAUUUGCUAGAUAUGCCUGCUGUAGGACAAUUGGAGAAGGAUGCUAAGCAUGCGUUGGCAUAUCAGCUUUUAAAGAUCUUUCUGACUCAGAGGCUGGAUGCUUACUUGGAGUUUCAGACUGCCAAUUCUACUUUACUGAAAGGCUACGGGCUUGUCCAUGAAGACUGCAUAACAAAGAUGAGGUUGAUUUCUUUGGUGGAUCUUGGCUCUGAUGAAUCUGGACGAAUUCCUUACAGUCUUAUCAGAGAUACACUUCAGAUUAAUGAUGAUGUCGUCGAACUUUGGGUGGUCAAAGCGAUAACUGCUAAGUUAAUGGACUGUAAAAUGGACCAGAUGAAUCAAGUGGUGAUUGUGAGCCGCUGUACUGAGAGAGUAUUUGGGCAGCAACAAUGGCUUACACUUAGAUCAAAGUUAGCAACUUGGAGGGGUAAUGUUGCAAAUGUUAUCAGCACAAUUCGAGCCAACAGGAUUGCUGAAGAUGGCUCGCAGGCAGUGCAGGGCUUAGUUAUUCGUUAGAAAAUUCUUGGUUAUGUAGGUUCUUGGCUGACUUAUGAAAGCUUGAAGUAGUAUUUAUGAUUCCACAUUAUUUUCCCUUUGGACUUUGGAUCCAAAUGUUUUGGAAAUUUUGACAGGAAAAAGGUCUCUUGCUAUUUACAAAUCUUAUGAUUAUACGCUUGGUAAAUGAUGAAUGACUGCUUAUAUAUCAUCAGCAACUUCUGUUGCGUUUGACAGGAAAA